ACAAAAUGGAGUAAAAUUCUGCAAGAAAAGCUGUUGUAAAUAUCGUGUUAGAGUCCUCGAUUACUACCGUAUCUUGUAAAUAAUGUACAUCAAGCAGGUUAUAAUCCAGGGUUUUCGAAGUUAUAGAGAUCAAGUUAUCAUCGAUCCUUUCAGUCCAAAACAUAACGUAAUAGUCGGUCGAAAUGGUUCUGGGAAAAGCAAUUUUUUCUAUGCAAUCCAGUUUGUCCUCAGCGAUGAGUUCAGUCACAUGCGACAGGAGGAAAGACAAGCUCUUCUUCACGAAGGCAGUGGUCCAAGGGUCAUUUCAGCCUUUGUUGAAAUCAUAUUUGACAAUUCUGAUAACAGACUGCCUAUUGACAGAGAAGACGUUUCAUUACGAAGAGUAAUCGGUUCAAAAAAAGACCAGUAUUUUCUGGACAAAAAGAAUGUUACGAAAACAGACGUCAUGAACUUACUGGAAAGCGCUGGCUUCUCAAGAAGCAAUCCUUAUUACAUUGUCAAACAGGGAAAGAUCAAUCAACUGGCAACGGCUAAGGAUCACGAACGAUUGAAAUUACUUCGGGAAGUUGCGGGAACGAGAGUCUACGACGAACGCAAGGAGGAAAGUAAACAGAUAUUGAACGACACUGAAAAUAAGAAGACAAAGAUCGAGGAAUUACUGACGUAUAUCGAAGAACGGCUGGAAACUUUACAAACAGAAAUGGAAGAGUUGAAACAGUAUAAAAAAUUAGAUAAAGAUAGACGAUGCAUUGAAUAUACGAUACACGAGAAAGAACUGCAAACGACCAGAGCAAAACUGGAGGAGUUUGAAAAAAAUCGUCAAGAUGGAAUGAGUCAAACGACAAAGUUGAGGAAAGAUGCUGCAGAAGCCGCCGAUAAAAUUGAGGAAUACACAGAUGUCGUGCGGAAAUUGAAAGAUAAAUUACUUGACUUGAAUGAGCAGAAAGCUCAGCUUGAUGAAGAAAACAGAGAGCUUAUCAAGACCAAAACUAAACUGGAGCUCGAUAUCAAAGACUCGGCAGAUGCCGUCAAUGAAUUUCAUUCGUCAAAGGAUGCUCACGAGAAAGAGCUUGAAGAUGUCAGAAACAGAAUCCAACAAGGACAGUCGAAGCUGGACGAGUUGUUGCCUCGGUUUAACAGGUUGAAGACAACGGAAGAAGAAUGUACUCAAAGGAUGGCGGCAUGCGAGCAGAGACGAUCGCAAUUAUUUUCAAAGCAAGGACGAACCAACCAGUUCCGAUCAAAAGAACAGCGGGACGAGUGGAUAAACCAGGAACUGAGAUCUUUAACAAAUGCCAUCGCAACAAAACAAUCGCAAAUCCAUGGGCUCAGAGCCGCCGUACAAAAGUUGAACGCCUCAAAAGAAAGCACCAAUAAUGAUAUGCGGGAAAGGAAAGAAGACUUAGAUAGGAGGAAACGAUUGAUCGAUGAAUCAAACACAAAGAAAUAUGCUUUGACGAAAAAACGAGAUGAACAAACAAACAAGAGAAAGGAGUUAUGGCGAAGCGAAGCAGAACUUGAGCAGAAACUUCAGAAUUUGACGGAAGAUCAACACAAACGCGAGAGAACACUGCGUGGAUCUGUUAGCAAGGCAAUAUUUAAUGGUAUUGAGAGCGUCAAAGCUGUUGUUCGUGAUGAAGGCAUUCAAGGAUUUUAUGGACCGCUGAUUGAGAAUUUCACUUGUGAUAAGAAAUUUUUUACUGCUGUUGAAGUAACGGCUGGGAACAAAUUAUUUCAUUUGGUUGUGGAUACGGACAAAACAGCGACGAAUAUUCUCAAGAUUAUGAACGACCGUAAAAUGCCCGGAAGCGCGACAUUUAUGCCUCUCAACAAGUUGAAUGCAAGAGAGACACAGUAUCCGACUCACAAUGAUGUAUUUCCAAUGAUACGUGAACUUCAUUUUGAUCCAAAGUUCCGUCAAGCCAUGUUGACUGUGUUUGGUAAAACACUGAUGUGCAGAGAUAUCGACGUCGCCUCACAAUAUUCGAAGAGCGCUAACUUAGAUUGUGUAACGAUGGAAGGCGAUCAGGUCAGUCGCCGUGGAGCUCUGACUGGCGGAUAUUACGAUACGAGAAAAUCCCGUCUUGAUUGCCAACGCUCAAUACAGGAAGUCAAGGCCGAGAUCGAGACCUUCCGAGCACAACACGGGGAAAUACGAGAGCAACUCGAACAGAUCGAUGGCGUUAUAACAGGGGUUUUAGGGGAACUUCAGAGACUUGAAAGUACACUGAUGGAUUUAAAAGAGACCUACGACAGACAGAAAUCUGAUGUUAAAACGAAGGUGAAAGAAUUGGAGAAUAUGGAUGAAAGUUUGACGCAAAAGAAUCAACUUCUGUCGAAAAUGGAGGGAGAUUUACAAGCUAUGAUUUCAUCGCAGAGAUCACUAUCAAGUGAACUGGGCACAGAAUUGAUGGCUCAUCUAUCCCACGAGGACCAGAGCGAGGUUGAUCAAAUCAACGCAGAAAUUCAGCGACUCAAAGAGCAAAUGCGUUCAGCUUUAUCAGAAAGAUCAACGCUUGAACCAGAGAAAAACCAUUUGGAAAAUCUUCUUACGAAUAAUCUUAUGAAACAUCGCGACAAACUACUCCAGGAAUUGGAUGAAAUGGCAUUUCAAGGGGAUGAGAAAGAGUUGAGCUCAAAGAGAGACGAACUGGCAUCGCUUGAAUCAAGAAACACAACAAUAGUGAAACGACAUCAGAGUGUGAAUAAGAGAGUUAACGAAGUUAGCGCCCAGAUCAAGAGCAAUGACGAAGCACUGGAGGAAUGGAAGAAUAGAGAAAAAGAUGCACGUGGAAGAUUGGAAGACGAUUUAAAAUCCGUAGAGAAAAUUGCCAAUAAGAAAAGCGUUCUCGUAAAGAAGAAAGAUGAAUGCAUGAAAAAGAUCAGGGAUUUAGGAUCUCUUCCAACUGAUGCUUUUGAGAAAUAUCAGUCAACAAAUGUGAAAGCGCUUUGGAAGAAGCUUCAGAAAUGCAACGAGGAAUUGAAAAAGUUCAGUCACGUCAAUAAGAAAGCCUUAGAUCAGUUCGUCAACUUCUCUGAACAAAAAGAAAAACUUAUGAAAAGAAAAGACGAAGUCGAUAAAGGGUACUCGGCCAUCACAGAGCUAAUGGAAGUUCUUGAACAUCGUAAACACGAAGCUAUACUCUUCACAUUCAAACAGGUUUCGUAUAAUUUCACGGCUGUUUUUAAAGAGUUGGUUCCACAUGGGAAAGCCAAUCUCGUCAUGAAGACAGAGGGACCUCCUAAUCUUGAUGAAGAAAGCAAUCUAGCAUCCAGCAGCCAACAGUCGAAGGAUGACGGUGAAAGCAGCCAAAGUCAGUCUUCAAGUAGCCAAAGUCAGUCCAAACUUCCUUCGGAUAAAUUUUCUGGCGUUUCAAUCAAGGUAUCUUUUACGGGUAAAUCAGCGGAAACAAGGGAAAUGAACCAGUUAUCUGGAGGUCAGAAGUCUCUGGUCGCACUCGCCCUAAUCUUUGCAAUACAGCGCUGUGAUCCAGCGCCAUUUUAUCUUUUUGAUGAAAUCGAUCAAGCUCUUGAUCCGCAGUACAGAACCUCUGUAGCAGAAAUGAUCAGAAAACAAGCAGAAAAAGCGCAGUUCAUCACCACAACCUUUCGUGCAGAGCUGCUUGAGGCCUCGGAUAAAUUCUACGGUGUUCGGUUCAGAAAUAAAGUAAGUCACAUUGAUGCCAUAACAAAAGAAAAAGCCAAAGAAUUUGUUGAAGACGACGAAAGAACUGCGUAAAACGCUCAAUCCAUUGUUCGAUUACCUGUCAGUUAGUUAUUCGAGUCUUCAUCAUUCGUCCAAUAUACCAGUUUGUUCCCUGUUGAUAAUGUUCGUUGGACCAUUCAGACGCUUUCGCACGACGGUAAAUGUUUCGUUUGAAAGUUGCCAAUGCAUGAUUCAAGCUUUGGUCUAAAUUUUAUCCAAGCAAGAAGAGCGAUAUUCUGCACCACAACUAGGAAUAGCAUCUGAAAAUGAGUGAAACUGCAAAGCUUGAUACAUUGAAUGUUGCCAAAUGCGAAAUGUAUAACCAUAUGUUCUAAGAUAUUUGUAUUAACUAGUUCUUGUGCGGGGAAAAUGAUCAGCUAAACGUGAUGUUUCUUCAUUACGAUAGUUACAAAUAUAUAUGCACAAUUUGUGAACAAUUAUUUCCCGCACUUUUCCUACAGCGAUGUAAUCAAAUUUUGCAGUUUUGCUCAUACUGCGACUUUCCUUUCAUCUGUGGCGUUAUAUAGACCUUUCUUGCGAUCACGUCAAACGCCUGUAUGAUGUCACACGACGUUUGAUUGGCUCCGUGAAGCUAUAACGAGCCAAUCAAACUUCGUGUAACAUCACGCUUUUCGCGUUCGACGUCAUCAUGAGAAAAGCCAAUUUUAUUUUUGUUUCAAUUCUUGACCAGUUUUCACAUCAUUGGCUUCUCAAUCACCGUCCUUUUUAUUCAUGUAUAGUUUCAAAACAAGCUGUUUUCAUUUGGAUACGAUAUAUAUAAUAAAUGUUGAUUUUUUAUAUCGAAUGUA